CACAAACUCCCUCGCAUUCUACACAACCUCACAAACGACUUGUUCUACGCCUCUACUACCCCCAGACCUUUGCUCAUCGCUUCGCGCUUUUACCCACACACAACCGCACAUCAGUUGGACCACAGAUUCACACCCAGGCCUCGCAGCGAGCAGCUGCCUAUCCUUUGUCCAACAUGAAUAUCUUCAGGUUGCUCGCCGACCUUUCACAUCUCCUGUCGAUAUUUAUUCUGCUCCAAAAGAUGAAAGUAUCAAAUUCUUGCGCAGGUAUAUCUUUCAAGUCGCAAGCCUUGUAUUUCUUCGUCUAUGUCUCCAGAUACCUUGACUUAUUCUGGACCUUCACUGACAGCGCUUGGAACACCAUCUUCAAAAUCAUCUUUAUUGCCUCUUCUGCAUACACCUUGUAUGUCAUGUUGAAUGACUACAGACCGACUCACGACCCCAAUCUCGAUACUUUCCGCGUAUCCUACCUGCUUGGUGGUUCCGCCGUCCUAGCCAUUCUUUUCCCCUACAAAUACACCAUUUCGGAGAUCUUGUGGGCAUUCUCUCUAUGGCUCGAGAGCGUGGCAAUCCUCCCACAGCUGUUCAUGCUGCAAAGGACAGGAGAAGCCGAAACAAUCACAACACAUUACCUUUUUGCCCUUGGCAUCUACCGCGCCUUGUACAUUCCAAACUGGAUCUACAGAUAUUUUGCAGAAGGCCACUUCGAUCCAAUUCCAGUUAUGGCAGGAAUCAUUCAGACCGUGUUAUAUUCGGACUUUUUCUGGGUGUACUACACAAAGGUCCUCAAGGGAAAGAGCUUCAAGCUGCCCGUCUAAGCUUUCAACCAUGUAUUCUUGGUUGCACUGCAUCUAUCAAAAAGCGCCGCACGUGCGACAAUGAUAGAUGCCAACGACAUCUCGUGACUCUGUAGUCGGAAGACACAUGCUUCCUACCGGGUCCGACUAAAUCAUGCCAAGUUCACAUGGGCCAUGGCCGAACAUGGCACGUUGCGCCGACCGGUCAAGAUGGAAGCAAGAUAGGAUACUUCUAUCCAGCAAUGGCUGGGUCACUUCUAGUGAUGUUUCCAGAGGAAGUCAUAUCGCAUGCUUUGUGCCAUAUGGCGGAAUGACCGUAUGUUGAGGCAGAAGAGUAAAACUGAUAUCAAGGAUGACUCUCUGCCUAGGAGCAACAACUUCGAUGUAACACCAGGAUGCCGGAGGAUGAGCACUCGAUUUCCGUCAUAGUCGACUUAUUUGCCGACUAGGCCACAAGAAAGUUCAACGAGACCAAGGGAUCCGAUUCAGCGGGAUGAUGUGAGCCUCUGCAAGUUGCUGUCAAAACAGCGCCACUUCUCCUUCUCCGAGACGAUGUUUUAUAUAGAGAAUAUAGUUAAUCACGAAUGACAAGCAUGGGAUCCAUGUUCAACACAGA